UAACGUAAAUAUCGGUACUAUCGACCAGCUCCCGUCUCUAACCAGGAACAUACACGACACGUAAACGUCACCAGAAUUAGAAAAAUUAGGAGCUUUAACAGAUUCGUUUAACUGCGAUUAUCAAGACAUGCGUAACUAGAGCGCGCCCCGUUUCCGUUCGAGCCAACAGAGCUGCGUGUGCGAGUGUGUGGGCUUGUGGGGAGUGCAAAAACAUAUGCGAAGGUCUCUGUGGAGGGCGGAGAAGAGGAGGAGGAGCUGCUGCCCAACAACUUGCAAAAUUUCUGCGCUAGCCUUUGGAGAGCUCUGAAGCAAGACCCGGGGACACCAUGUCGCUGCCAGGCAAUGGCAUCUAUGUGGUGCGGGGCGAGAUGGCCACCCUGAUGACGGCCAUGCGACGUGGAACGCGCUGGAAUGCCACCGCCUACGUGGACGACGAGAAAGACUCGCUGCUGAAGCUGUUUAUUGACCUCAAGCAGGAGCUGAAUCGCAUCGAGGACCUGCGUCUGAUUGAGCCACAGGUUUUUCUCGCCCCCUUCCUGGAGGUGAUACGAACGGCGGACACCACGGGUCCGCUAACUAGUCUGGCCCUGGCCUCGGUUAAUAAAUUCUUGUCAUACGGAUUAAUUGAUCCCACAUCGCCGAAUCUGGCGGACAUUGUGGAGCGCAUUGCCGAUGCCGUGACUCAUGCUCGCUUCAUGGGCACCGACCAGUCCUCGGACAGUGUCACCUUCAUGCGUGUCAUUGAGGUGCUGCACACGCUCAUCCGCAGUCCCGAGGGAGCAGCAGUCAGCAAUGAGUCCAUGUGCGAGGUGAUGCUCAGCUGCUUCAAGAUCUGCUUUGAGCCGCGGCUAAGCGAACUGCUUCGUCGCUCGGCGGAGCAGUCCCUCAAGGACAUGGUGCUGCUGUUCUUCAUGCGCCUGCCCCAGUUUGCGGAGGAGCGCAGUGACACAGUUUUGCAAAAGAGAUUCACCAUAGGAGAUGCGGCCAGUGGAGCGGCCCAGGAGAAGCAUAAGCGAAAGGCCGUGGCACCAGCACCGGCUUCGGCUCCACCAAGAAAAUCCUCUACAGAGGAACCUCCUCAGACGCCGCAAUCGGCCAACUUGGCUGUGCCCGGCCACCUGAAGGCACCCAUACUGGCCACCACGCCCGCCAGUCCUGCGGGCAAUAUUUUGGACAUGCAGGGCAAGAUCACGCAGACGCCAACGACAACUGCGGGAUCGGGAGCAGAGGAAACCACCACCGCUGCCUCAGAAGCACCUGCCAUACAAGUGGAGGCCGCCGAUUCGGAGCCUCUGGAGGGAGGAGAAGGUGUUGAGGGCGGCAGCACUUUGACGGAGGCCAACAGCAGCGAGUACAUCAACUCGGUGGGCGUACGCUUCACCCAGCAAUCCGCCGAGCCGGAUGCUGCCUCCCUGUCGCCCUAUGGCCUGCCCUUUAUCCAAGAGCUUUUCCGCUUCCUCAUCAUUCUGUGCAAUCCGUUGGACAAGCAGAACUCGGACAGCAUGAUGCACACGGGUCUGAGCCUGCUGACGGUGGCCUUUGAGGUGGCUGCCGAUAAUAUAGGCAAAUACGAGGGCCUGCUAGAGCUGGUCAAGGAUGAUUUGUGCAGGAAUCUGAUAUCGCUUCUUAGCUCUGAACGGCUUAGUAUCUUUGCUGCCGAUCUUCAGCUUUGCUUCCUGCUCUUUGAAUCGCUGCGGGGACAUCUCAAGUUCCAGCUGGAGGGUUACCUCAAGAAGCUAAGCGAGAUCAUUGCCAGCGACAAUCCCAAAACACCCUACGAAAUGCGCGAACUGGCCCUGGACAACCUCCUGCAGCUGUGGCGGAUUCCCGGCUUCGUGACCGAGCUCUACAUAAACUACGACUGCGACCUUUACUGCACCGACAUGUUCGAGAGCCUCACCAAUCUGCUGAGCAAGUACACGCUCUCCGCCACCAAUGCCGUGUACAGCACCCACAUCAUCUCGAUGGACACGCUGAUCAGUGUGAUUGACAGCAUCGAGCGGAACUGUGCGGCGGCCAAAAGCAGCAGCAACAACAAGGAAUCCCUGCCAGAGGCUGCACCAGCCUCUAGGGGCAGUCGCCAUUCCCGGCACAACAGCGGACUGGAGGGUAUUGUCAUCGAUUCGGGUAAUGGUGUGGGCUCAGCUCCGGAAGAUCGUGUAGAGAACAUUGCCAGCUUUAUAAACAGCAGCUCCCAGCGAUUGCGGCUGCAAUCCGGCAGCGAUAGAGUGGGCAUCACCACCGAGCAGCUGGCCAGUGUCAAGCAGAAGAAGCGGUUACUGUCCCAGGGCACCGAACGCUUCAAUCAAAGACCGGACAAGGGCAUCCAGUAUCUGCAGGAGCAUGGAAUCCUGAAUGCCGAGCUAGAUCCCAUGCAGGUGGCCCUGUUCCUGCGCGAGAAUCCCGGCCUGGACAAGAAGAUGAUUGGCGAAUAUAUCUCGAAAAAGAAGAACGUCGACUCGAAGAUCCUGAUCAACUUUGUGGACUCCUUUGACUUUACGGGUCUAAGAGUGGACCAGGCGCUGCGUCUUUAUUUGGAGACCUUCCGGUUGCCCGGCGAGGCUCCACUGAUCUUUUUGGUGCUGGAGCACUUCUCUGAUCAUUGGCAUACUCAAAACCAAGAGCCCUUCGCCAACGUGGACGCUGCCUUCCGUCUGGCCUAUGCCAUCAUUAUGCUGAAUAUGGAUCAGCACAACUCCAAUGCCAAGCGUUUGAACAUUCCCAUGACCCUGGAGGACUUUACCAAGAACUUGCGCGGCCUGAAUGGCGGCGAGGACUUUGAUCAGGAGAUGCUGGCCCAGGUCUUCAAUGCCAUCAAAAAUGAAGAGAUCGUAAUGCCAGCCGAGCAAACUGGCCUGGUGCGCGAGAACUAUUUGUGGAAGGUUCUGCUUCGUCGUGGCGGCACUCAUGAUGGCCACUUCCACUAUGUCCAUGAUGCCUCUUAUGAUGUGGAGAUCUUCAACAUUGUGUGGGGCGCCUCCCUAAGCGCCCUUAGCUUUAUGUUUGACAAGAGCACCGAGACGGGCUAUCAGAAGACACUGGCGGGAUUCAGCAAAUCUGCCGCCAUAUCGGCACACUAUAAUCUCCACACGGACUUUGAUGCCCUCGUUUUGACUUUGUGCAAGUUCACAACACUGCUGAGCAGCGUGGAACAGCAUGAGCCGGCGCCAGCAAACAAUGAAAUCCAACAGGCGGUGAACUUUGGUCUCAAUGGCAAGGCCCAGGCGGCCAUGAGGACUGUCUUCCUGCUGGUUCACGACUAUGGUGACUGUCUAAGGGAGAGCUGGAAGCACAUUUUGGACCUCUAUCUGCAGUUGUUCCGCCUGAAGUUGCUGCCCAAAUCCCUCAUCGAGGUCGAGGACUUUUGUGAGGCCAACGGCAAGGCUUUGUUGAUCUUGGAAAAGCCGCGCGAGAAGCAGGAAUCGGGUCUGUUCUCCAGCCUUUACUCACUCAUCAGCUCGGAGGGUCAGCGGGAGCCCACCUAUGAGGAGCAGGACUUCAUCAAGCACGGGCGCAAGUGCAUCAAAGAAUGUCAGCUGGAUCAGAUGCUCCAGGAGUCCAAGUUUGUGCAAUUAGAGUCCCUGCAGGAGCUGCUCAAGUGCGUGCUGAGUCUGCUCAAGGCCCCGCAGGGCCACAAAUCCAUUGGCCUCCCCUAUGCCGAAGAUCAAACGGUUUUCUGGAUGGAGUUUCUGGUGAAGAUUGUGGUGCACAAUAGGGAUCGCAUGAUUCCCCUGUGGCCUGCGGUACGAGACCAGAUGUAUCUCCUCCUCAUGGGCAGUGCCUCGUGUGGUUACGACUAUCUGCUUAAUCGCUGCAUCGUGGCGGUGCUCAAGCUGGCCAUCUACUUAAUGCGAAACGAGGAGCUGUGCCCCAUUGUCCUGCAGUCCCUUAAGAUGCUGCUGAUGCUAAAGCCGGCGCUGCUCCUGCGCAUCUCGAAACAGAUUUCCAUUGGCAUUUACGAGCUGCUCAAGACCUCGGCCCAGAAUAUACACUCCGAACAGGACUGGCAGAUCAUUUUCAAUCUCCUGGAGUGCGUGGGAGCAGGUGCUGUGCCGCCCAGCUACGAUGAUGCCCAGUUGCCUCUGCCGCUGAACGGCGGUGCCAAAUCAGAUGGAGCCCUCAGUGGCGAGGAGGAAGGAUCCACGCCGCCAGAGCGUGGUUACACAUCUGACUCGGAGCUAAACAAAACUUCUGCCGGCCCGGCAGCCUCUAGUCCCAGUGCUGAGAACUGGAUUUUGGUCAACAACAAGGACAGCGAACUGACCACGGCCUCUAGACCCCAGUCGCCGCCCAGCUCCAGUUCUCCUCCGGUCAGUACGCUCGUCUUUAGCUGCCAACUGCUGGACCAUGCUCCCUUUGCCUUAUUCAAGUGCUGGGACUCGCUGGCCUUCAUUGUGCGGAGCGUGGCCCACAUAACGCCCUACAACUUCGAGGCCUGCGUUCGCUGCAUUCGCAUCUUUGUGGAGGCCUGCCGGGAUGGUGGUAUUCGCCAACGGCGGAAGCUGGAGGCCGCUGCCAAGCAGAAGAGCUCGAAGAAGCGCAAGCCCGGCCUGGCAUCUUCCGCGUCGAGCAGCAAUCUAACGCUGCUAACCGGCGAUCCGGCCGACAAUCUGGCGCAAGGCAAUGCCGCCGAGCAGGAGGACCUGGCCCAGCGCUAUGAGCAGUUGUCCAUUCAAUUGCUGGACCUCAUGUACACGCUGUAUACCCGCACGGCCCAGAUCUUCCGUUGGUGGGCGGAGGAGGGAUGCACUGUGCCGCAAUCGGCGGCUCUGUGGUCACCAGGUUGGUGCCCAUUGCUGCAGGGCAUUGCUAGGCUGGCCAUGGAUCGGCGGCGAGAGGUGCGCACCCAUGCCAUCUCGUGCCUGCAGCAGCGGGCACUGCUGGUGCACGAUCUGCAGACGCUAUCGGGAACGGAAUGGUGCUCCUGCUUCCACCAGGUGCUAUUUCCUCUGCUGAACGAACUCCUGCCGGAGAGCAGUGCCGCAGGGCAGCUGGAUGCAUCCCUGCUGGAGGAGUCGCGCAUUCGCACGGCCACCAUCAUGUCCAAGGUGUUCCUGCAGCACCUGACAACGCUCAUCGAACUGGGCAAUGCCUUCAACGAGCUGUGGCUGGACAUUUUAGACUACAUCGAACGCUUCAUGAAGGUGGGAUCGGACACGCUGUCGGAGCAAAUGCAGGAGAUUUUGAAGAACAUGCUGCUGGUGAUGCACUCGGUGCGCGUGUUCCACAACCAGGAUGGCAGCCUGCAGCAGGCACUAUGGGAGCUCACCUGGCGGCGCAUCGGAGAAUUCCUGCCCAAUCUCAAGGAGGAGCUGUUCCGCGAUGAAGGCAAGCGUGCCCAGACCCUAACGAACCCAGCAACUGUCGCUCCCCAUCCACAGCAGCAGCAGCAGGUGCCAGCGGUGGCCAUAAUUCCCAGUCAACCGCAGGCUUUACCCAGCGAGCUGGUGGUAAGCUCCGCCACACCCACCUUGAUGUCGCCCAUGGAAUCGCCUAGGCGGAGUAUCAUACUGCAGCCUCCCAUGGCUGAGGCUCUGCAGCAGGCACCCAGUUUUGUAUUUGCUCAGCCGCUGGUGGUGCCUCCCCAGCAGCCCAGCACACUGCUGCCGGAUCUGGUUAAUGAGGCAACUGCUGCUGCCGUAGCAGCCUCGCCCACAGAGGCCGAGCAGCCCAUCGUACCCAUUGUGCAUCAGACGAACAUUGUGACCACCAACAAUACGUAUAAUAGCUACGCCAUAGAGCUGCCCGUGGCCGCGGAGCCCACUGCAGAGCAGUUGGAGCAGCAGCAGCAGCAGCAGUUGCUAUACCAACAGUACUAUCAGCAGUAUCAAGCGCAGCAGCAGCAACUACAACAACAGCAACUGCAGCAGGAGCAGCAGCAACAGCAAGCCAGCGAUCCUGCCAUCAAUGUGCCAAUCAGUCAUCUGCUGGCUGGAAAUGCUUACCCAUCUCUACCUAAGAUGCCGCAGGCAGCCAUUGUGCACAGCUUUGCCCCCGUCUACGAGACACCAGCAGCGGCAGCAGCAGCAGGUGGAGGAGCCGGGCCAGCAGCUGAUAUCUACCAGGAAUACGUGCAGAAUCCCUACAACCUGACCCUGCAGCAGCAGCAGCAACAACAGCAGCAGCAGCCGCCGCAGCAGAGCUUUCCUGCCGUGGCUUCGCCAGCCAACUAUUUUAAUGUAAAUGUGGACCCCAGCAGCAUACCGCCCGGAUCGGAGCUGCUCUACGGCCAGCAAUGAGAGAAGGAGUGAAAAAAUAACAUUUAAAGCCACUUGGGGCGUUUUAUUUUGUGUCUUGUGUUUGUAGUGAAGGGCUAGAGCUUCGUAGUUAAUAAUAUAAAAUUGUGUCAAUUUUGUUUCUUGUUAUUUAUGCCUCUGCCCCCCUCACAGAAAGUGGAAACACAUUCCGCCCGGGCGCGUGUUUAUUAUGCUAUCCGAAGAACAACGUUAAGUAAGAGAUCCAGAUGUAACUCCGAGCAGACACCUUUAUAAGCUUUAGUAAUGCAAAUAGUUUAAUUUAUAAUAUCUAAAUAAUUACAACUUCUGUAUGUUAUGCGAAGAGGCAAACUGUAAAUAAUCAAAAUUAAAAAUAUAUAUAACAAAAAAUUACA